GACAACACUUGUCAAUUGGACAGACGACACUACGACAGGACUUCACAGGACACAUUGUUAUUAAAAUUGAAAUUGCUAAUGACAUUCGACAAUCAAUAUCAAUCUUCUACUUGUUAUUUUAUAAUCCUUUUUUUGCAAUUUUUUAUUUUUAAUGAAAUUAUUCUUGGUAUUUAAAAUUAUUUCUUGAUCAGUGGUUAGCCGUCAGGGUUAAAGCUACAUUGCUAAAAUCUUAAGUAAUCUUUCGUUGUCGACUUUUUUAGGUUACAAAAAUAUAAAUAUUUGGUUAAAAAUAAUUUAAAUUUCUGGUUGAAAUGGCGUUUAAUCCGGUGACACACGUUCUUUUCGAUAUGGAUGGUUUGAUAUUGAAUACAGAAGAGUUGUACACAGAAGCAUUUCAAAAUAUUGUCUCGCGUUAUGGGAAAAAUUACACUUUUGAUUUGAAACUAAAAUUAAUGGGAUUGCAAUCUCAUGAAACAGCUAAAAUGAUUGUAUCUGAACUCCAGUUACCAAUGAGCAUUGAAGAAUUUCUUGAAGAAAGUAAAAAACAAUUUGAAUUGUUAUUUCCUGAAACUCAAUUGAUGCCAGGUGCCAAGCAACUGAUUGAACAUUUUCACAAAAACAAUGUUCCAAUUGGACUAGCAACAAGUUCAAGCAAAGAAAGUUAUGAUUUGAAAGUAAACAAGCAUCAUUUAGAUUUGUUUGAUCUAUUUCCUUAUAAGACAUUUGGGUCUUCCGAUCCUGCAGUAAAGAAUGGGAAACCACAUCCAGAUAUAUUUUUGGUAUCUGCUAAUAAAUUUCCUGCUAAACCAAAGCCAGAACAGUGUCUUGUCUUUGAGGAUGCAGUAAAUGGAGUGAAGGCAGCCAAAGCUGCUGGCAUGCAGGUUGUUAUGGUACCAGAUCCCAGGGUACCUAAGGAGCUGACAAGUGAUGCUACUCUAGUGAUCAACAGCCUACUAGACUUUCAACCUGAACUCUUUGGUUUACCACCAUUCCAAUUUUAAAAAUAUUAUACAUAUAGCCAAAUACUACUUUUUAUCAUUAGGUAUGGUGGAUUGUCUACCUCAGACAUGAAAUUUUUUGUUAAAUCUAUAGUGAAUUUUAGGAUUGUGGUUAAUUUUAUUUUUAUUUAUGCUAUAUUUAUUAACAUACCUACAUAUGGUAUUGCCCUGUAAAUUAAGUUAAAUGUUACAUAGAAAAACUCUAUUUGCACUGAGUACAUUAAUUUAUAAUUUUACACUAUUGUAAAAACAUCACAUCACAUCAUCAGCCUAUAAGUGUCCACUGCUGAGCAAAGGUCUCUCCUCACACAGAGAAGGUUAAUUAAUCACCACACUUGCUCAAGGCGGAUUGGCGAUUUCAAAUUUCAUGAAGUUUUCCUUCACCAUAUGUCAGUGGUGGUUUUGAAGAACUGGGUGCGUUAACCUCAGGGCUUCCAAAACUGUAAAAUCCAUCAUUAAAGUAAAUUGGAUUGUAAAAUUUUGAAAAUAAUUUAGAUGUAUGUGUGAUUAUGCUAAUAGUUUGUAAAGUAUGAUAAAGUGAAUGGUUACUAAAUUCUGCCAGGUUAUGGGUAGAGUACACAGUGUCUAAAAAUAUAAAAUACUUCACUUUAUUGUUUACUGAUUGCAUCCUUAAAAUAAAUAAUAAGUGGCAUAAUAUCAUUAAAUGUACAAAACCAUUGCUGUGAUUUAAUUACCUACAUAUUAGUUAUGUAAAGGCUUGGACAGACAUUUAAGAUAAGAUAUAAAUUAACAUAACAACAUCUCAGUCAUAUGGCAUAACUGUAGAAGCCAUACACAAAGUACAGAUUGUGAAAUACAACAGGGUUUUACAGUAAUUAAUUUAUUGCAUUUAUAUUUGAUAUUAAAUAAAUAAAAAUGUUUAAACCUGUGACACAUGUUUUGUUUGAUAUGGAUGGGUUGUUACUAAAUACAGAGGAGCUGUAUACUAUAGGAUUCCAACAAGUAGCAUCUCGUUUCGGAAAAGAAUUUACAUUUGAAUUGAAAUGUAAGAUUAUGGGUCAGCAAAGUAAAGAGUUUGCGGGUAUUAUCAUCGAAGACCUUGGCCUCCCACUUACAGUUGAUGAGUUCUUAACAGAAACUCGAGUGAUUUUCGAUAAAUUAUUCCCGCAAUGCAAGAUUAUGCCUGGAGUUGAGAGACUAGUCCGCCACCUCCAUGACCACAAUGUUCCUAUUGGAUUAGCUACAAGUAGUAGUAAGGAAUCGUACGAUUUGAAGGCUAUCAAUCAUCAAGAGCUAUUCGACCUGUUUCCUUACAAAACGUGGGGAACGUCUGAUCCUGACGUGAAGAAGGGCAAACCAUCUCCCGACAUUUUCUUUGUAGCAGCCAACAAAUUCCCUGACAAACCAUCUCCCGAGAAGUGUUUGGUGUUCGAAGACGCCAUCAACGGAGUGAAGGCUGCGCGUGCGGCUGGUAUGCAAGUCGUCAUGGUACCUGACCCGCGUCUGGAUCGCUCUCUUACUUCGGAGGCUACACUAGUGUUGGACUCCAUUGCUGACUUUAAACCAGAACAAUUUGGUUUGCCGCCAUAUAAAGAGUAGAAAGAAAGUACAUACAUAGCCAAUAUUUUAAAAUGUAAUUAGUCUUUAAGCUUGCAAAAAUGUGUUGACUAUUAAUUAUAAAUAUUAUAAUUAUUGUAGUUUAGUUUAAUUGUUGAAAUAAAACUAUGUAAUGGUGCUGUGCAGUUUUGUUUUUUAUUUCAAAUAUGACUAGAUAUAUAGAGAGGUCAAUGUUUAACAUAUUCAGGUACGGAAGGAGGUGUAAUACUGUCUGUAUUUUAUACAAUACACAUCGAAAAACAUUAAAUGUUUAUCAAUUAACAAUGUGACACCAGAAAAAUAUUAAGUUCUACUUAAGUAGUUGUAAUUAAAAUAAUAAGUACUGAUCCAUAAAUAUGUUGAUUGACAAAUUGACAACAUUUACAUACAAGCACCAACAAGUACUUAUAACACAAUUAUUAUAAGUGAAUUUGUGUAGUAGUUACAAUGUCGGGCAGAGGCAUAGAGGGGGCCAUUGAUCGUCAUAAAUGGACGGGAGAUGAACCUAGUAGUAUGAAACACAUAUUGAUGACUUUCUGAAGAGUAUUGAGGCAUACAGAUACAUGAGUAAAACACAAUAUUGUAACCAUUGGCAUACCAGGCAUGAUGGAACAAUAUCUCGGGAAUCAUUACAUAUUUUUACAUAUCAAAAAGAUUGAAAAGUUAAACACGAUGAAGAUGAUGAUUGGGUGUUAGCGUAUAGAAAUGACAAAACCGACAUUUUUAGUUCAGUUGACAAAAAAAUAGUCUAAUGAAUUACCGGGUAUGUUCGGGUUACUUUGACCCUGCGGGGUAAUUUUGAUUCAAACCCUUUAACCAAUAAUAACUGAGAACCAAACAUAUAUUCGUUUUUAAUUGGUUCGGAA